AUGGAGAUUGCUGAAACCAAACUCCCAUCUCCCGUUGGGGAGAAGCCCCUUUCGGCUCGCAUACGAGAGUCCUGGGAAAGCGGGCGAUUCUGCUUCAACCUUGCAUCGCGUAGCAGUUUCGACGUUGAUGAGAUCUACUGGAAGGCGUUGCAUAAGGAUGGUAUAGGUGAGAGGUUGUUAGACAAAACGACCAUCGAGGAGAAAGGCAGGUUUCUGAAGCUGAAGAAGGAACAACUCGAUGAUUACUGCAGAGAGAAGGAAAUGACCCGCGUUUCGGGAGGUAGCAUUCGGAGACACUGA